AUGAAAUUGUUUUAUUGCAUUUACAUCAUAUUGCUAAAUUUUCAAUCGCUUUGUAUUUUAGUAAAAGCAUACACUCCGAAAGCUCGCCAUUUACAUAGCGCCACAUUAAUAGGCAAUAAAUUUUACAUAUUAGGUGGCGAUAUUGGUUCUAACGAUGUUAAUGCGUUUUUGCCUUCAAAUGAUUUCUUUUAUCUCGAUGUCUCUGUCGCAUUUAAUACGACCAAUAUUCCAUGGACAGAUCUAUCAAAUGUCAUUGGUACUCCUAAACACUCCCGUGCAGCAGUAUCUGCUAGAAACCAAAUCAUUUUCUUAUUUGGUGGAGGAUUCGAGAAUUCUAGUUAUGGCAUUCCUUUAGUUUACACGUUCGAUACUACAAAAAGUGUAUGGAAUGCACCUGUUAUACAAGGAACGCAACCUCCUAGACGCGAAUCCAUUCAUUCAAUUAUCGAUACUACAGGUUUUAUAAAUUCACAAGGAUAUGCAAAUCCUAACAUGUAUAUUCUUGAUAUUAGCGAUGAUUUUGAAUAUAAAUGGGUUACAUCAUUUGAUCCUAACCCAUCACCUGUCCCCGGCUACAAUGAUCCGUCCAAUUCGUCAAAUAUGGGUAAUAGUAUUAGUACUGGUACAAUGGUUGGUGCUAUUAUUGGUGCAUCACUAG